UACUUUUGCAGCUUGUGACCUAUAGAGCGUAGGGCUGGACCAACCUCACAUCUUUGUGGUUUUCAGGGGUCCCUGCCACCCCUGAAAACUUCACAAAAGGCUUCCCUCAGGAAGUUCAGCACUGACAUGCACAUGGCAGAGAUCUCAGGGCAGGGCCUGCAUAAGGAGGUAAGCAGGACAUAGCCAUUGCCUCUGACAAAGGCCAGGCCAGCAGCUCCUUUCAUCCACCAAAGGCAAAUUUUCCCAUUUCGAAGAGGAAACAAGGCAUGGGGUUGUAGCUCAGCUCAGCAUUCACACAACCCUGGGUUCCAACCUUUAGGCAAGCAAACAAUCCUUUAUGGGGUGGUGCACACCUGUAACCCCAGCACUCAGGAAUUGGGAGCAAGAAGAUCCCAAGUUCAAGGUCAUCCUCAGCUACAGAACAGGUUGGAGGCCAGCCUGAUAGAAGAGACCCUGUUUUUUUAAAAAGCAUUUUUUUUGGAGGGGCUGAGAAGAUGACUCGGUGGGCAGCGUGCUUGCUCCAUACGUGUGAAGACCUAAGUUUCGAUCCCCAGAACACACAUAAAGCCAGGCACGGCACCUCACGAUCACAACCUUCUACAGUGGCAUGGGAGGUGGAGACAGAUUCCUCAGAAGCGUGUGGGCCAGCCAGCCUGGUGUACACGACAGUGAACCGUAAGAGACUAUCUCAAAGAAGGUGGAAGGCAAGGCAAGGACUGACACCUAACAACAUACACAGGCAACACACACACAGAUUAUAAAGAAAAAAAAGCAAAUCUGCGCCCCCGCCCCCUCUGCGGUAGGUGUGGUUCUGCUGGAGCAGGAAGCAAAGCAGUAACUGGCACCAUGGUUAGCACCCUUCAGGGCACAGGCGCUCCGGGUGGCUCCCCUGAGGAACGUCCAUGACCCAGCCCACUUUCCAAAGGACAGACCGGCAGUGGGAGCAAAAGAAGGUACCCUCAUGUCACAGGCUCUACCAGACUUCAGCUGUGCCAAGCAGCCUAGGCAGCCACAGUACAUCAGGCAUGGCUUGCCAUCAGCACCAUAGUGCCCAGUGUGCGGGGUGGGAGAGGUCUCUGAACUAUCACAAUGGCCUGGAGCUGGGUGGAAAGUUGAGGCCACGGAGUAAGGAGUGAGAUAGACGGGAAGGCGGACAGACAGGCAGACAGGAGUUGGAGGGAAGGCAGAACAGAAGCCCUGGGCAAGGACCUGCUCCAGAAAACACUCCACAACUAUAUCUGCCUAGAAAAAUCCCAGUCAGUUUUCAUGGUCUCCAAUGACCCUCUGGACUUACCCACUUGUUCUAGCACCUGCUCCUAUCCCAGGUAGGACAUCCCCUAGCCGAGGCUCCAGAGUCCCAGUGGGGGAUCCACCUUUCCACAUCUACCCUCAUCCUAUGGUUAUGACGUGGGCAGGGAUCAAAGGAUAUAGAGCCACUAUACCAGGCUUCCUGGAGGAGGGCCUUUCUAAGACAAAGCCAGCCUGGCCAGCACUCCAGGCAGGGUCAGGUAAGGGUGGGCAGGGCGCUAAAGGCCUUGCCCAGGGCUCUCUAGGGAUGGCAUUUACUGUGUGCCCUAGAGCCACUCGCUCAGCUCUUCCAGGCCCCAUUUUCUCAUCUGGAAAACAAAGAUUUGAACUAGCCCAAGGCUGUAGUGGAGUUGGUUAGCUAUAAACCAGGAGAGAUAGAUAGGAUGUGGCCCCAUCACCAAUAACUCUCCUGCUAUGAUCAUUUGCUGUACCGGGCCUAUGAAUGCCCUAGAGGCCAAUCCCACAUUGAGCAGCUUAGUAUCUGGCCUCUGUCAAAGCCAGAAUAUGGGAAGUCUCCUCCAGCCUACCUGGGCCCUGAAGGUAGGUCCCACCACAUGACACCUCUUCCUGGCAGGCGUCUCAGUGUCCAGAGCAGCCUUUUCAGCCAAAGCAGGGAUGUAAUUCGGUGGUAGAGCACUUGCCUAGCAUGCUCAGGGUCCAGGUCCUAGAUUUAAUACCAGGACAACAAACAAAUACAAACACAAAAACAACUCCUUAGCCAAAACCUGUUCCCAGGUCAGCGCUGGAGUCAGAGCGCCAAUGGCAGUCUGUCCCUGACCUCAGGUCAGUGCUGGGGCUCAGGGUCAGCCUGUGCUCUCUACUUGGGACACUUUCCCAAACCUGUUCCCAGGACCCUGCCCCUCCAGUAUGGAAGCCCCUAAACCUCAGUGGCCCUCACUGCCGCUAAAUGUAGCUGCUGGGAACCACUAUGUCAGCUACACUGGUCCAGGUGGAAGCCCAGGAGCCCUGUGAGACCCACCAGGAGCAAGACUCUGAACCGGCCAAGCCACCUGAACUCACCCCUAACCGACACACACCAGGCAGGACUCCCGGGACUCCUGGAUUCCACAGCUGCCAGCCUCUCACCGGACAGCAAAGCAGGCUUGCUGGUCACGUGAUAUUUUGGGUGCCAACAGUGACCAUGUAGCUUCAGACCGACACUACAGGGCUCAAGGCCCUGGAGCCUUCUUGCCCUCCACAGCCCCUUCCAAAGUAAGAGCUGCAAGUAGGUCAUGGUCAGUGCCAGAAGCCAGGGGUCAGCCCAGGACACUCAGAACCCAUCUGCUUCAGCCCAGAGGCAGUUUUCCAAGACACAGUCCAGCAGGUAGGCUGGGAAGUCCCCCUUGCAGACCUUCCUCUUACCUAGCCCUCUCAGAGGCUUGCCUGGUGGAGCCAUCAUCUUGGCCCUGGUGCUAAUGAUUGUGCUAAUGAGGUUUUGGCAGCAGCUUUCAAGCCCUGAGUAGAACCAUAGCCUGGAAUAGGUGUCCAUUGUAUGCCUCUCUGCAUGCUUUCCCUGCCCCACAGCCCACAUGCCUGCAUGAUACUGUGCUUUAGCACCCACGGAAUGGCCGUGCCCAGCCACCAUACUUGUCUGUGUGUGCCUAAUGUCCUGUGUGGGGACAGCUUCCGUGUCUUCACUCCAGGGUCUCACAGCCUGUGCGGAAUGAGAAACACCUGUGUGCACAGAGACUCGUGUGAAUUCAGGCCGCCCCUCAUCACACCCUGAAUGAAGCUGGGCCUCGAGGGGAAGGUGUCUGCUGGGUACCUGCCAACCCUGAGCUCAGCCUGAGCUUCUCCUGGGGCUGAAGAGCAGGUGCAUACCAUGUCUAGGGCCCGAGGGGUUGAUACAAGCAUCACCUGGCACAGCCUAGUCUCCUCCCCACAGGCCUGCCUGGAAGAUGUCACGGUCAGAGUGGAUUGACAAGGCAGGGCAGUCGCAUGCUGCCUACCGGACCAGGUUUGCAGAUGAGCGGGAACCGUGACAGCUCUCCACACAGCAGCUCCGCAUCCUGGGGCGUAGCUGCAAGGAUUGAGACUCUGAGCCUGGAUCACUGGCAAAACCUGAUCUACCAUAUCCUGUGGCUGUCCGCUCAGGAGUAGCCUCUUCUCUGGGCCCUGGAUAGGACCUUCACUACCAGAGACCAUAUUCCUACUCAGGCCUGGACCUACAACCCACAGCCUUCCGGCUUCCCUGCCCUGAAACACUUCAGCCAGGAUGAUCAGAACCUUCCGACAGUCAGCUAUGGGCUCCAGAGUGGGUUCCCUGGUGAGUCUGGGCCUCACCCUCUUCCUGUCCCUCACUGCCCACUGCUCUGGUCCUCAGACUAAGGGCUUCCCCAAGGGAGGGCUGAAUGCUAGUGAAGCCACCACAUGGGUCAGGGACAACACCUCCCUCCUGCAAAACUUUUGGUGCUUGCCAGCCAGCCAGCUGCCCCGGGAACAGCUCUCCACUUUAAUCAGAAGCCUGGCUUCACAGAGGGUUCCACUCAAGGCCUGGCAGCUCAGCUGUUUGGCCAACCUCGCUGCGCGGCUAGGCCUUCAGGAUGACUUCGAAUUCCACCCACCCAACCUCCUGCUUUUCUACAAUCUGAGCCAGGUGAAGGAAGCCAACUGCCGGGCCUUCAUUCAUCACGCUGCCCAAGGGGACACCACGCUGCUGGCCAACUUGCCCAACCAGAGAGUUGCCCUGCAGCGCACAGCCUUGGCCUGUCUGGGGGGACCCCACCUACAGCUCAGUGCAUCAGACCUGGGGCUUCUUGGGGUCCUGGUAUGUGACAUGGAGGCACCACAAAUUGUGACUGCAGACCCCCGUGUGCUGAAGAACCUGCUUCGCUGCCCAAGGCUAACUGUCACGCAGACUGCUGCCCUCAACACCCUGCUGGCCAGUGGGAAGACACAAAUUGGGCCUCCUGGCUCCUGGAAUGUGGAGGGGCUACAGGCCCUGGGACCUCUGGCCACCUACAUCAGGCCUCACCUGUGGGAGAAGGUGCAGGAGGCUGUGGGCUUGGACUUCUUCCGCAGUGUGGUGGCUGCUUGCCGGGCAGGCCAGCUGAGCAGGCGCGAUGCCCAGCGCUUCAUCACCAACUUCCUGGAGUCCCAGGCUAAUUCAGUGUCCUCAAGGCCCAAGCGGCGCACAGGGAGAUCCUGUGUCCGUGGCAACAUCACAGCAGCCACCCUGCACGAUGACCUCUUCCUGGUGCACUAUGACUGCGCCCAGCUGGAGUCCUGCCUGGGCACACGUGUGCUCAGGGCCAACCUGGACCCCUUGCUCCAACACCCCCUGCCUGAAGAGUGCCAGCGUGUCGUCAAAGCCAAGCUCACUCAGAUCUACCCCCAUGGCGUUCCUGAGGACCAGCUGCGCCUCAUCACCUCGCUGGUGUACCUCUACUCCCUCGCUGAAAUAGGCCAGUGGAACAUCACGUCUGGAGACACCGUGAUGGUCCUGCUGGCCUCAGACGUGGCUCUGGACAACCAGACAGAGGCAGUUCUUCAGAGGUUCUUGGACCAUAACGGCAAGGUCACUGGCGCUCUUCUGGUGGCCAUCGGGGGUUCCCGUCUCUGCUGGAUGAGCCUCAAGCAGAUCCAGAUCAUCCAGCCCUCAGAGUUCCGGCUGGCGGGGGCUCCAGACAUCUCUCUCUGCCCUCAGAGUCGGAAGGAUGCGCUCUUUGCCAAGGCUCACGAGGUCUUUAGGAACGCCAGUAGCGUAGGAGAGUACUACUAUUUAAUGCGCCCCUACCUCGGUGGUGCCCCCUUGGAGGAACUUCAAUACCUGGCCCAGGCCAACAUCUCCAUGGACAUUGAUACCUUCACCAACCUCAACCCCCUCAUGCUGAAGAACAUGGGUGUGGACAACGUAAGAAAUCUGCUGGGCCAGAAUGUGGGGGACCUGCGGAAGGCCCGAAACCAUCCAAAUGUCGUCCUGUGGAUGAACAGCCACAACAUGUCAGACCUCUCGGAGAUGGGCUUGGACACCAGUCCCACACUGACCUAUGUGACCAACAGGCCCCCUAACACUGCCUACUCACCAUCCAAUUUGGACCACACCUUGGAUCCGCUGGGGAAUGAUGUUGCCCCUGCCUCAGGAAGCCCUCCAGUUCAUCUGGGGUACCUGUCACUUGCCAUGGCUCUGCCUUCCAGUCUCCUGUGGCUGCUACUGUGUCAGGUGCCUUCAGGACCAAUGGGCACUGUUCACAGGACACUAAGGGGGACACUAAGGCCCUGGCGGUUGCCAGUGGCACUGACCCAGGGCAGUCAGACCCCCGAACAUCAGGAGAGAUGGAGCUGCUAGAUGGAACAAGACACCUGCUCAAGCUGAAGUACAUGACCCAGGUCCCAGGGGACAUGCUGUGUCCCCCAUCCUAGGAGGGUGGCCCUGGCACACACCUCAGCUCCCAGGACCUGCCCAGCUACAAGGACAAGUUGGUAGGAGGAGACGGGGUCCAGAUCUUCUGGCCUAUUCCAAGACAAGUGGGACUUGGUGUCACUUGGUGUUACUGCCCUCACCAGUGGUUCUGAAUAAAGCACAGGGCUAUUAUUGUACA